CCUUAUGUGUACUACCGUUUUAUUAAGAACAACAACAGCAGCACAGCACGGAAGGGAACACGAUCCAUUUAAACUGGCCAAAUAGAACAGGUUGCAAAACGGAACUGUUGGAAUAACGUCACUGGUUGCACAUUUUUAACAUUUAAACUCAGUAUUGUCUGUUUUUUACAACCACCGCCAGGAAACUCCGCUGGGUUACGACCAAGAGGAACUGUCAAAGACGAACCAGUUUUUUUUAAGUAGCCUUCAGGACUGAUACUGUGCAAGAGACCGAAUAUAACUACCGGUAGGACAGAGACGGGUAGAGAUACCGCUGGAGGACUGUAUCUGAUGUAAGAGGAGUCACUCUGACAAGAAGAGCCAAGAAACAAGAAGAAGAGCCACCGGAUGUGUAGAGGACCUAAUGUCACAAAAUGACUGACUCAGGGGAUAGAGAAAGUGCUUCUUGCUCCUCCGGCCUCAGUGGGACCGGGCUGGGUUUCCCCGCGGGCAGAGGGCUUCCCAGCCGGGUCAGAAGCCUGUCCUCCCCCACUCCUCAUGGAAGACUGACAUCCCUUAGAACCAGAGACCUGACACUGGGGGGAACCUUCAAAAAAACAAAGAAAAUCUUUGAGCCAAACGUCCAUGCUGUGAGGAAAAGCAAAGAUGAGUUAAAGGAAGAGAUGCAUGUGGCUCCAAAAAAGGAGAGAAGAGAGAGGGAGGAGAGGAGAAGAGAGAACAGAGGGAGGAGAAGAGAGAAGCCUCAGACCAUCCAGUCUCACUCCAUAUUUGAGCAGGGUCCUGCUGACACUGUACGCAAAACAGGUUGGCGUGGUGCUACAGACCUGUGUGACUCCACCGCUUCUCCUGUCUGUAAACUUGUGAAAAAAGAGAGGAAAGAAUCUGAGGAGGAUGAAGAUGAGAUGCUCAGAGAACUUCAAAGAGAUAAUUUUAUCGAUGACCCAGGUUUGAAGAAUGAUGCCAAGCUGAAACCCAUCCAGCUGCCUCUGUCUCAGUCCAGCAGCUUCAUGAAGAGUCAAACACUGACAUGUACAGAGAACCCUCCUCUGUUCAGACCUCCAUCCUGGGGAGCUCAGGGUAGAGCAGGUCACAGCAGUACACAGCUGCCCAAAGAAGGACAGCCAUCCCUGGUAGAACUGCUGCAGGAUCUCAGCCUGUCUGGCAGAGAGGAGCUCUUUUUCAUGCAGUUACCUGACUGUAUGCCGGCCAGAGCAUCUGCACAAAAGGCCAACCCUGCUCUCAGAUCUACAGCAGAGAAACCUGCCAAGAAGGACAACAAGUCUGAAGACAAGAGGCCUGUGCAUCUGCAAGCACAAGAGGCUGUGGUGAAGGAGGGCUGUCCUGUACUGUCAGAAUUCUCAGAUGGACUUCUUGGUAAACUCCAGAUCAGAAAAUCAGGAAAGGUGGAGCUGAAGUUGGGUGAUAUUGUCAUGGACGUCUCUGAGGGAGCUGCAUUCUCCUUCCUUCAGCAACUGGUGUCUGUGCAUCUGUCUGAUAGUCGGACUGGAGACAUGAUGGUGUUAGGAAACGUCCAACACAAACUGGUCUUAUCUCCUGACUUCCAGGCUUUACUGCAACAAGCUGCAACACAGCAGCAACAAGGCCCCUGAUAAUCUCUCAUCUACUGCACAGAAACCCAACAGAGGGGAAAGUUACAAACUGUAACGCAAGUAAAUUUUGUUACUGCACAGAGAAUCACUGUGGGGGAAAUGUGCUCAAACUCUAUAUAGUCUAAUGUCUAUUCUUCAAACUUCUGGUUGGAGGUUUAUAAGGCAGCUAGGUAGGUUACCUUCAGUAAGCUACUGUUAUUGUUUUGUGCUGUGAAGUCAUUUAAAUGCUGUUAACAUUUGAAAUUCAAAUGAUAGAAAAACAGUCUUGUAAAAUUUGAAAGAUUUUGUUUUUGUCUCUGUGUGAAGCAGUGAGGACGCUGACAGAGGGUAUGUGUUUUUGUAAAGAAACAAAUUGUGAUGUGGUA